AUGCUGUUAAAUUUAAUUAAGUCGCGAGCUAAAGUUACAACUGCUCUGGCUAAAGUACGAGUGGUCGGUCGUCAGAGGCGGUUCUUGAUAAGUCCUCUUACAACUGCGAGCAUAGCUACUGGUGCUAUAUCAUUAUCGAUUUAUCAUAAUCGUAGGGAGCAUUUGCUAAAUGAAACUUUAGAACCGGAUCCGACAGGAGAUACAUUUGAAAUGGGUUUAUAUAUUGCGUCGGAGAAAGAGCGGGAAACUCUUGCUGCAAGUGGUAAGCUAGACGUUAUCAGAAAGUCUAGGUCGCUGCUUGUUAGAAGUAUACUAAAAUUAUGGGUUGUUCUAGAUGAUAAUAUAAUUGAACCUGUCUUGACAGUUUGUAGGUUCUUAGAACUUAUGGGAUUGUUUCUACCUGUUUUUUCUCUUUACCCAAUUUGUUGGUUAGGAAGAAGGAUCAAAUUAAAUGAUGAUAUCACAGAUACAAGAGGUUCCAUAAUAUGGUGUAAAUUGAUUAGAAUUGCUUUAGAACUGGCUGGUCCAAGUUUUAUCAAGCUAGGUCAAUGGGCAGGUUCCAGGACAGAUAUAUUCUCAGAGACAUUGUGCUACGAGCUAGGUAAAUUGCACAGCAAGGUGAGACCCCAUUCCAUAGAAUACAGUAAGAAAAUGAUAACCUCUUCAUUUGAAGUAGAUGACUUCGAUGAAAUAUUUGAUAGUUUCGGAGAAAAACCACUAGGUGUUGGUGCAAUUGCACAAGUCCAUGUAGGGAAAUUAAAUGAUGCAUUUUACAACAAAUAUAGUAAUAAAACACCAGAAAAUAAUAAAUGGUGUGCGAUAAAGAUUAUUCAUCCUAGGGUAAGAAAUCAAAUAUACAGAGAUUUGAAAAUUAUGAAAUUUUUUGCCUGUGUAAUUGAUGGUAUACCAACCAUGGAGUGGCUUUCUCUGCCUAAUGAAGUCGAACAAUUCUCAAUAUUAAUGAAGCUACAGUUAGAUCUACGUAUAGAGGCCCUGAAUCUCAAAAGGUUUAAUGAGAAUUUUAAAGAUGCAACUCAAGUUAAAUUUGCAACUCCGUAUCUAGAGUUGUCAAAUAGGGACGUUUUAUUUGAAGAAUAUUUACAUGGCUUCCCGAUGGAGGAUUUCUUAAAAGUGAAGAGACAUAUCAAAGAUGAUGAUCUUUGUAGGAGAGUAAGUGACCCAUUUGUCGAAGCUUUCCUCCAGAUGUUAAUCCGUGAUGAUUUUGUUCAUGCAGACUUACAUCCUGGCAAUGUCAUGAUUAGGUUUGUCAAGACGAAUAAAUACGGAACUCAGAUAAUCUCAUCUGAGGAAUCAUCUUAUAACAUCUCGCACACAUUAAGAGAAAAAUGGAGGAACAAAGACUCUGAUUUGAUACCAUAUCUGAAAUCGGCACUCACAACAUACACACCACAAAUAUGUUAUAUCGAUACCGGCCUGGUGACAGAAUUGAAUGAUAGGAACCGUGUUAAUUUUAUAGCUCUAUUUAAUGCAUUAGCACAAUUUGAUGGCUACAGGGCAGGUGAAUUAAUGAUUGAGAGGUCUCGUACACCCGAGACUGCAAUAGAUAAAGAUCUAUUUGCACUAAAAGUGGAAAAAUUAGUAGAUAAAGUCAAGCAAAGGACUUUUACAUUGGGGAAUGUCUCAAUUGGAGAUCUUCUUGACCAAAUGCUGAGAAUGGUCAGAUCACACCACGUUAGAAUGGAAGGUGACUUUGUAUCUGUUGUGGUGGCCAUUUUACUGUUGGAAGGUAUUGGUAGGCAACUGGAUCCAGACCUGGAUUUGUUCGAGAGCUCCAUUCCAUUACUGAGAGAUUUCAACUUUAUGAAAGAAACCAACAACAAAUUCCUGACUGAAAUUGGUACUUACAAAAUCUUGAAACUUCUUGUAGGUCUAGAGAUCAGAAAAUUGAUGACGGUUUCCGUACGUGAACUGUACAAUCUUGUUAAAACAGACCAAUUGUGUCCGAAUUACUAG